CAUUUUGUUGAUCGGGGAUUUCGUUUUGAAGUUCACGAAUUUUGUGAUCAUUCGUAAACAUUUGUGAAUAUUUGUGAUUUCCCGUUGUCAUGGAGCGUGUAAUGAAUGGCGAAGUCCCUAAAAAGUCAAAAACAAAAUGAAAACUUAUACUAAUGCCCUAAAAGUUCUUCUGUUUUUUACAAUUAACCAUGUGGAAGAAUUCGAUGAUAGUUAUUCCUCGAUUUGUGUGGUUACCUAAAUCGUCUAUUACAACAGUUGUGCCUUUAAUGCAAUCUGUCCGAAAGACAUUCAAGGGGAAAAAAGCUGCGAUGGAGAACGAGGAAGAAGAUGGCCCUCAAAAGUUUGUACUAAAAACGCCUAAGGGUACAAGAGAUUAUGGACCAGUUCAGAUGGCUGUCAAAGAAAAGGUGUUCAAUAAGAUUAUAAGUUGCUUCAAAAGACAUGGUGCAGAAACUAUUGAUACUCCUGUAUUCGAGCUUAAGGAAACACUCACAGGGAAAUAUGGUGAGGAUAGCAAGCUUAUCUAUGAUCUGGCUGACCAAGGUGGAGAAAUAUUGUCAUUGAGGUAUGAUUUAACUGUUCCAUUCGCACGCUACUUAGCUAUGAACAAAAUUACCAAUUUCAAGAGGUAUCAUAUUGGAAAAGUCUAUCGUCGAGACAACCCUUCAUUUGCGAAAGGAAGAUAUCGAGAAUUUUAUCAAUGCGAUUUUGAUAUUGCCGGAGCGUAUAAUGAUAUGGUGCCAGAUGUUGAAUGUGUGCGAAUUAUGAAAGAAAUUUUAAAUGAGCUUGACAUUGGAGAUUAUGUGAUAAAGGUUAACCAUAGACUAAUACUUGAUGGAAUGUUUGAUGUAUGUGGAGUUCCUUCAGAAAAAUUUCGCACAAUAUGUUCAUCUGUUGAUAAGUUAGACAAAACACCUUGGGAUGAAGUUAAACUUGAGAUGGUGAAUGAAAAGCAUUUGGAUGAAGCUAUUGCUACCAAAAUAGGAGAAUAUGUUAAAAGACAUGGUGGUGCAGAUCUUGUAGAUGAACUUUUACAAUCUCCUGAAUUGUCCGAGAACAAAUUUGCUAAACAAGGAUUAGAAUCUAUGAAAUUAUUUUUCGUAUACUGUGAACUGUAUGAUGUACUAGAUAAAGUUUCCUUUGAUCUAAGCCUGGCAAGAGGUCUUGAUUAUUAUACUGGUAUCAUAUUUGAAGCUGUUUUAAAAGGUGAGCCUGUUCAUCUAACUGAUGCAGAUGGCGAAUCAUCAAGUGUUGGAAGUAUUGCUGGUGGUGGUCGCUAUGACAACUUAGUUGGAAUGUUCGAUUCAAAGAACAAAAAUGUUCCAUGUGUUGGCAUGAGUAUUGGAAUUGAAAGAAUUUUUGCUCUUAUGGAAGCAAAGUUACAGGCAAAUAACAAGAAGAUACGAACCACUGAAACUGAGGUGUACGUUGCAACAGCCCAGAAGAAAUUAGCCCAUCAAAGAAUGCUUUUGUGUCGAGAAAUGUGGGAUGCAGGAAUAAAAGCUGAACAAUCAUACAAGUUAAAUCCAAAAUUACUGGAUCAGUUACAGUAUUGUGAAAGUCGUGGUAUUCCAUGGGCCAUAAUCAUUGGAGAAAGUGAACUUCAGAAAGGAGUAGUGAAAUUAAGAGACAUAGACACCAGGGAAGAGGUGGAAGUGCCUCGUAAUAAACUAAUUGAAGAAAUAAAAAAAAGAAGCUCUGAAAGUGACUGUUCUUAAUGACUAUCUUUUACCUAAAUAACUCAAAUCGCUCCUAUGUUAUAUAGAUAUUUAUUUUGUAUUUAUAGUCUAUCAGCCUGUAAAUAUUAUGCAUUGUUAAUUUUAUACCAUAAAAUUGUGUAAUUUUGUAUUAAAAUUAAAGCAAUUUUACUGUAUUAAAAGUUACUACACAUUUUAACAGUCAUACUUUGACAUUCUUAAUAGUUUUAUAUAUUUAUAAAGUUUAUGAUUUCAUUUACUUCACCUUUGUGCUUUGAAAUUUUAAUAAUGCAAUUUUUAGGACUCGAUUAUACUAAAAUAAAUAAUUAAAUACAAACAUCAUAUAUACAACUGUGGCAUACGGUGCCCUUCCAGAACAAUUAUUUGUACUUAAAGUCAUUUUGAAAAAUUGUGAUCAACAUUUUUUGAUUUUGCUUGAUAUGUUAAAUUAACAAAACUUUUGUGUCAUCUGCAGGAUUUUUUUUUUCAUUACCAGUUCUUUUAUUUUUAAGCAUAAAUUAACAGUGGAGUAUCAGAAACAUAGUGAAAUAAUUAUUUUCGUAAUUUUGACUUAAGUUCAUUUUAAAAAGUACCAAAGACUACUUAUCUUGCUGGGAUCUUCAUCUACAUCUUCAUUCUUUGAAAAUUCCCACCAAGUUUGGGUUUUCAUGCAAAAUAUUUUCAAUAUGCAAAAAUGAAAUCAUCAGUUCAAAUAAAAAAUUUUUAGUGCAUUUCUGCUUUUCAUUAUUACUGCUGUUGUCAUUAUUUUGCCUGUGUUUUUCUGACAUGUUUUUUUUUUAAUUUAAGUUGUGGCCAAAGCAUUUACUUCAGUAAGUGUUUUAAAAAAAAUGGUUCAACGGUGGUAAAUUUAAAAGUACUUUUUAAGAAUGUAUUUGCACUUCAGAAAGUCAUUUACUUUUGGUUUUUGUGUUUACACUUAUAUUUAUCUUUUGUAAUAGUGGAUAGGAUUUUCGGUCAUGAAGUGCAGUCAUUCAAGCUAACUUUGAGCCGUUAUUUCUGUGUUUUAUACUGCUCCACUCUUAUUUUAAUAGUUAUACUGUAUUUUUUUGUUUAAAGCAUAAGAAACACUCCUGGAAUAGGGUAUAGUUAUCCAAAAUUUAAAGCAUAUAAUUAUUUUUAAAAUGUUAAAAUGAAAUAUUACCCUGCUUUUUAACUGUUCUCCCAUUUAGAGUAACUUUGAGCCACAUCAGAAAUGAGGUGCAAAAUAAAUUAUUUUAAUAAACCUUAUGCAACUUUAAUGCACAAAAAUAAAAUUUGUGCUAAAAAAACUCUCUCAUUGCUCUUCACAACCUUCACUAAGAUUUCUAUCUUUUAUAAUAUUGUGUUGAAUAUCACAAUGUGAUAAAUGUCUUUUCAAUCACUUAAAAAAAACUUAUAAUUAUAACAUUGGUUAGUGGGUUCAUAUAUUUAAAAAUUUGGUGUGGUGCAAAUUUAACCGCAAUGGCUCAAAGUUACCAUGGGUGACCAUUCUAAAUUUGAUACUGAAAUAGUAUUGAAUUGACACUUAUAAAUUGGUUGUACGAAAAUAUGUAACUGACUCAAUAAAUCAUUG